AUGCAACACACACACACACACACACACACACACACAGUGUCAGCAGAGGGAGGAUCGAGGUGGUUCAGUCUCUCAGUGCGUUCAGGUCUUGGCAGCAGCAGGAUGGAGGUUCUGGUUCUACAGGUUCUGGUUCUGCUGCAGGUUUCUGUGCCGUUUUCAGAGUGUGUCCAGUGUUUUGCACAUUUUGACCUGACCUCAGGUCAGUGUGAUGAUGAGCUCGGUGAGGUGGAUGAAGACGACUGCUGUCAGAACCCUCAGUACGGUUACCAGGCAACAGGCGGACUGUGUCAGUCCUGUGGUCCUCCUGUGUGGUCUCCCUGGUCACCGUGGUCACAGUGUAACGUUCUCUGUGGGGAGGGGGUGAGGCAGAGAAGCAGGACGUGUUUUGGCAUCGGCCAAUCAGAGUGUCCCAAUGCUGCGGACAAACUGCAGACAGAACCCUGCAGCGGCACCUGCUGCGAAGCAAAGGGGUGGUACUUGUGGGGCACCUGGUCAUCCUGCUCAGUCACCUGUGGAGUGGGCGGAGUCAGAAAGAGAGAGAGAAUCUGCUCCAGUUCUGCUGAGUGUCGCUCGUCCUGCACUGGUUCUUCAGAAGAGACAGACAGCUGUCUCACACACAACACCUGUCCAGUCCAUGGUGAUUGGUCCAGUUGGUCGGGUUGGUCUCAGUGUUCUGGUUCGUGUAUCGAUGACCAGCGUGAUGAUGUCAUCAUCCCGUCCAAACAGCGAUAUCGCUCGUGCUCUAGCCCCGCCCCCUCCACUGACACUGUACCUCCCGGCGACGGUUGCCCUGGAGACGGCCUCCAGGUUGAGGACUGCAGUGAGCUGCCCAACUGUGCAGUGGAUGGCAGCUGGGGCGUGUGGUCUCCACCAGGUCCGUGCUCUGUCUCCUGUGGGGAGGGGCUACAGCUGUCAACCAGGACCUGUGAUACCCCCACCCCUAAAUAUGGCGGCCGAUUCUGUGAUGGACCAAACGCUCAGAGCAGCGUCUGUCAAAGUACCUGUCCAGUCGACGGGUUUUGGUCCGGUUGGUCCGGCUGGGGAGAGUGUUCCUCUUCCUGUAUCCCACAAGGCCGAACUCCAAUCAGGACUCGCUACCGCUCCUGUUCUAACCCCGCCCCCUCAACUGCCCCGCCCGGCAGAGGUUGCAAUGGAGACAACCACCAGAUAGAGACCUGCAACCACAUCCCUCACUGCCCAGUGGAUGGAGGUUGGGGGUCUUGGUCUCCAUUCACUUCCUGUCCCGUCACGUGUGGGGUGGGGCUUCAGUUGUCCGUAAGGAGUUGCGACUCCCCUGUCACUCAACAUGGCGGCCGCCCGUGUCCUGGAGAAGGACGUCGAACCAGCAUCUGUGUAACUAAUGUCCACUGUCCAGUGGACGGCGUGUGGUCUGAGUGGUCGCCUUGGAACCCAUGUAAAUACCCGUUUGGUGGGCGGGACAUCCGCUGUAAGGAGCUGGGCGGGAGACAGACCCGCCAGCGCCAGUGUCUCCACCAAGCUCACAACGGAUCCAUCUGCAGCGGAGACAGUCUGAUGGACACGAGGGCCUGCUACGACGUCAGCAACUGUUACCUGAAGGGCAGCUGGGAUGGCUGGGAGCCGUGGAGUCUGUGUAAUCCCUUGUGUGGAGGAAACUCCCGACGCUUCAGGAGGAGACACUGUGAACCUGACUACAGCAGCUACAGUUCUACCAUCGGCCGUCUGAAGCAGGGGGCCACGUUCUUCGGGACUCCACUGGCCGACUGCGGCUUGGCGCCGGAUGGCGGGGAAAAGAUCCAGAUCCAGCCCUGUGUCAACACCCCCCCCUGCCCCGGCCACCUGUGAUGCCCCUCACAUCACAACAAACACAUUAAAGUUUUAUAAAUUCUC